AUGAAAUCAAUAAAAAAUUUACCAAGCUAGGGAGAAUGCAAGAUAAAUAGAAACCAUAUAAAAAAGCCAUUGGUGAAGAAAAUUGCCAUUCAAGAAUUGAAAAAUAGAGAGGGAGGAUUUGUUUUGAAUGGAGAUGUUAUAAAUUAAAAGUUAAAUUAUGACCCUAUUAAUGAUGAGCACUUAAAGCAGUUUUUCGUAAAUAAAAAAAUAAAACCAUAUUUAAAUAAAUUAAGUAAAAUUGUAAAUAGGAGUAAUCAUACAAGCGAUGAUGACCAAAUAUCAAAAGAUGAUACAACAAGGAUAACAAAUUAAAAUAAUACCAAAAACUCUCAUAUGACAGCUCCAAAUUUAAAAUAAAAAAGUGAAAGCGAACCUAAAGAUAUCAGAACAAUAAAGAUUCAAGAGGGAGGCGAUGAUGAUUCUAAAUAGUAAGAAGUAUUAAAAGAAAAAGAAAAAAAUUAUUAACAAAUAGAGUUUCCAAAGAUCUCAAUAAAUAACUCAACUAAUUUUAAUAACUACACUUUAAAUAAUAGCAAUACCACUAAUUUAAAUAGCACUAAAGAAAAUUCUAAUAUAAAUCAAAACAAUACUAGCAUGAACUUUUUAAAUAACUCCAUAAAUAAUAGCAAUACUCUUUAUGCUAACAGUUUUAAUAAUGCUUAUAAUAGUAGCAGUUAAGAUUAAUCAGGUAGAAUUUCUAAUUAAGAAUUUGUUAAAAAAAAUGAUUUCAAACUCUAAGCGAUUCCAAAGUCAAAUAAUCAAUACUAGUCCUCAGGUCUAAGAAAUAAAAUAAUUUUGCGUCCUAUAUAAAAUUAAGAUAAAUUAGAUAAAGAUUCUCUUGAUAUUAAGAAAGCGUAUGGAUAGAUUAAGUAAGAAGAAUAAAGUAGUAUUUAUAGAUUGCCUUAAAAAAGAAACUCUUAAAACAGUUUGAACUGCACAGCUAUAAAUUCAGACUAAGAAAAUUAUACUAGCUCUGAUUACAAAGUGAACCCAAUCAAGAGUCUUGAUGCAAAAAAAAAGAUUAGAAGUAUAACAGGAAAUAAAAAAACUGGCUUUAACGAUACAACUCUAUCAACAUUAGACCAUCCAUAAUAAUAGAGCCAAAAUCAAAGUAUGUAUGAUGGGUAUAUAAAUUCUCUAAAAAAGGGUGGUAUAAUUUAGAGUAAUUCAAGCAGUAAACCCUUUAUUUGCGAGCCAAAUUAAAUUUACUUUAAAAACCUUAAAUCAGAAAUAGAAAAUAUUGAAAAACAAAAUGAAAGUAAAGGGAUCGUCCCAGUCUCAAAAGACUAAUUUUCAUCAUUUCUAAAUUAAUUUAAGACUAAGUAUAAAUCAAACACAAAUUUAAAUCAAAAUGAUGAAUAAGAAGAUUAACUUAAUCAUUCUGAAAACAAAAAGAUUGAAAUUUAGUAGCUCAAAAAAGAAAAAUAAGAAAUUAUAAAGCGACAGGAACAGGAAUUAUAUGAGCUUGAGUAAAAAAUAAUGUAAUUUGAGAUUUAGGAAAAAGAAUUACACAAUGAUAUAUGUUUACUUGACUAAAAAAAAUAAAAAUUGUAUAAUGAUUAGGAUGAUUAUACCUACUACAUGAAUAAAAUAGUUAUACCUUCACCCAAAAAGAAUGAAAACUUUGUAAUCCAUGAAUAAGUGCAUGAUGAAGAAACAUACAGAAGCCUUUAGAGAAAAUCUAAGGCUCAUUGUACAGAACAAAUAGAAGAAGACUUAGAGGAAAUGAUGUACACCAAACCCAUUUAUGGUGAUAAUAGUAGUAAAAAAUGGCUUUCAGAAGAAAAAAACUAUUCUAAAUCUACAGAGAAACUUUAAUAAAAUCAUUAAGAAGAUUAUAAGACAGAAUUUGAUUAUAGUGAUGAAUAAAAAUCUUUUCAAGGUAAAUAAAAAAUUAAUCAAAAAAAUAGUUUCAUUCAUUCACAAAAUGGUUAUGAAACUGAUGAAUUACACAAUAAUAAUUAAUAAAAUGAAGGUGAGAUCACUCGAAAUUAAAAUUCUUAAAUUAAAAUCAAAUCAACUGAAAAAAAAUGUUGGUAAAAUAAUUAAUAAAAUAGUCAAUAUGAUAAUUAAUAAGAUGAACUCUGUAAUAAUUAAUAAAAUUAAGAAGAUAUUUAUUAAAAUAAUUCACAAAAUAAGUCGUUUUAAAAGAAGCAUUAAAGUCCUAAAUCAGUUGAAAAAUAAAAUACUCCUAAAAUUUUUAAGAAUAGUCAACAAAAAGAGCAUACUAACUAAAAUGAUCAAUUAUAGAAUAGCGAAAUUGAUUGA